AAAAGCUGCCAGACUGGGAAAAUUUCAACAGCAGAAGCUGCAGUACAGUGUUGUACUAGCCGAGAUGCUGCUGUGCAGGUGGAUCAAAGUGCAGACACUGUCCAAGACUUCCAGCAAGAUGUCCAAGUAGAUAACAGCAGCCUUCUAUCGUUCCUUCAGAGAGUGGAGGAGGCUGUUAUCAAAGAGCUCAAUAAGAACUGGCAGAGCCGUGCCUUUGAUGGCUUUGAGGUCAACUGGACAGAUCAGAAUGAAACAGUGCUGUGUUUGCACACGCUGGCAUACCCUAAGGCUCAGGAGCAGCAGCUGCAGGUUACCAGCCUCUCCUGGAACACAACUGGCUCUGUUGUGGCCUGUUCCUACGGCCGGUUGGACAGUGGGGACUGGAGCACGGAAAAAUCCUACGUUUGUACCUGGAAUGUGGACAGGAGAGGGUUGAACCCACAGUGCCCUGACCUCGUGGUGGAUGUUCCCAGCUCUGUCAUGUGCCUGGCUUUCCACCCCUCCCAGCCUUCGCUGAUAGCGGGUGGCCUUUUCAGUGGGGAGCUGGUGGUGUGGGAUACCAGCCGGAGCGAAGACCCUGUGACCUGGAGGACAGGGAUGACAGAUGACACUCACACCGACCCCGUCUGCCAG